AUGUCCCUGUCGACGAUCCAGUUAUUUGGUUAUCUCAUUGGGCUUGCUGCUGGCAUCUUGGAAGAAUUCCCAGAAUCUCAUUCUUUGGAUGAAUUUCUCUGUGUCUGCCCCGAGACCAAUGGGGUCUGUUUUGGAGCCUCUGGAAUAGUUGAGCCUGUUCCUCCAUUCAGUAAGAUCAUGGCAGAUCUGACUUUACCUCAAUCCCUGCCUAUGCCCCAAAUAAUUGUUCAUGCCCUUGACACUGAGAAGGGGGAGUUCGGAGCUUUUAACGUUGGAGAGAGGGACCAGGGGGACAGCAUCAUGAAAGACAAAGGCAAACCGGCCACUUUUACCGGAGACAAAAAGGCGAAGACAGCGGCGAAGGGGAACACGAAGUGGGUGAGACUGGCCACGGUGCUGGCGUACGUAUUGUCGGUGUCUCUGGCGGCGAUCGUCCUGGCGGUGUAUUACAGCCUGAUCUGGAAGCCGGUCAGACCUGCCGAGCCCAGCACCGGCAGCACCAGCACCGCCGCUAACCCGACCGGGAGGAUGCUGCCGCCGGACGUCGCCUCCGCCGGUACACCCGCCGACCCACGGAGCCCGGCUGUCAGCACGCAGCAGACGGGAGGCACCGGUCACUUCGAGCGGCCGCCGGUCAGCCAGCACCCUCCCGGUCAGCGGCCUGACCCCGAGAGCCGGCCGACCUCAUACAGCCUCCCGGGCGGCGGCAGCAGCUUAACGACGCGGAGCCUCCGAGCGACGCCGGUCACGCUCGCUCAAGCCCCGCCAGGUCCCACCGAAGCCAGCCCCGAGAGCACGGAUCGCCAGCCAAGUCUCUCCGACUCGCCCCCACCUCAGAACAGGACCCAGGAGGUGACGGCUAGGGCAUUAAAAGCGGGCGGAUCUUCCGAGGCCGGACAAUAACUCUCGACAUCCCAGGAUUGAGUUGCUGCAUGAUGCCAUCACAGUUUCUUAGGACAACUAAAAAGGUUUCCGAUGACGAGCAGAGACACUAUUCUAAUAGCGACAGAAUUCAAGUCUACACAGGUGACUAUGCUCCUGAGGAAAAGAACAUCAAUAUAUCCAAUCAUCCAUAUGGAUUGUCUCUGGGCUACACCAUGCCAGCUGUCAUUACCAUAAUGGACCUAGGAUUCACUGACCAACAUUCCAGUCUCGCAUCUGGGGAACAUCAGAGGCAGCUCUGCAAAAGGCUAUAGCCUGCAGUCUAGUGCCACGAUUACAUUGCAUAGCAGUGUAUAUCUAGUUGGACAGAUAUGGCAGACAUGUCUGAAUCUGUCACCCAUGUUCUCAGAAAUGGCAGCUUCAUAUAGCAACUCAGAACAGUUCCCUAGUCAAACUACUCAGUAAACGUGUAAAACCAGCAGGCCUCUGCUCUUAAGCUCCAGGAUGUGGCUGUUCAGAGUUCUGAAAUUCUCUGAAAGCUAUUCUGCAGGGAUUGCAAGCCAAAGCCACCCCUCCCCAUCAAACUCGACCAUUAACACAGGGAUGAUCCCUUGAUCCCACCAAAACAUCAUAGCUGAUCCUAUAUCAACAUGGGAGUAAAAUAUAGUUUACAGUAUAUUUCCUCAUAAUACACCCAAAAAGCAGAUAUUAAAAUAUUUAUACAUAUUUAUACCGAAGUAUAAAAGUACUGAAGUGAACCUUUGUAAAGAUUUUGAUUUCUUAGAGCUUUUUCUUUUUGUGACAUUCUGCGGUGAGGUUGGCUACACUGUUAUGUAAUGUGCGGAAAUAAAACAAAUAUUUAUUUACUUGUAA